UUAUUGGUCUCUUUCAAAGAAAGUAGAAGGAGAACUUUUCAGUUUUGUUCUUGGUUUUAGGUUUGGUUUUUCAGCAUGAUGCGGUUUGCCAUAGCCAGCUCUAAAAAGGAGUAAAACUCCUUUUUUUUUUUUCAUUGCUGCUCUUCAGCAUUUCCUUACUGCUCAAAGAUCAAAGCAGUUUCAUCCUUCAAGCUUCAUGCAGAGCCAAGGAAUGGCAGCAAUGAGUCAGAAUUGCAGAAUAUCGGAGAAACACAAGUAUUGGAAAGAAUUUCAAUCCAACAGGCAUCAGUUUUUCAAGAUAAUGGUUGGUGAUUUUAGAAAUCAUCUGAGGAUACCUAGAAAAUUUAUGAGCAAUUUCAGGGAGAAUUUGUCAGGGACUAUCCACCUUAGAGGUCCAAGUGGAUUCAUGUGGACUGUGGAACUCGAAAGAAUGUUUGGCGAUGUAGUUUUCCGAAAUGGUUGGGAAAUUUUUGUGAAAGAGCAUAGUUUGGCAGAGGCUGAUUUACUUGUUUUCCGCUAUGAUGGCAACUCAACUUUCAAUGUAGUUAUAUUUGAUCCAAGUGGCUGUGAGCGAGAAGGGUCAUACUUUGUCAAGAAACACAUGAAUGCCUGUUCAAGUGGCAGAUGUGUGUUUCAAAAGGAAGAUGGAGAAGACUUUGAAGAAGUUAUAGACUUGGACAAAAUCCAUGAAAACCAUAUGCAAAAAGAGAAGAUCAACAAGAGGAGAGGAAGACCAAGUUCAAAAGCUGUUGACACCUUCUAUAAACGUGUUCAACUGAAAGCAACAACGAAAAAGCAGCCUCAAGUUAGAAAAUCUGCAAGGGAUGGAAUCAUAGUAUUGAUGGAUGAAUCAGAUGAAGCCUCAGGAUGUGCAAUGGAGGCCAGUGAAAAUUGGGGUAUUGAGUCUGUAUCUUUGAAGCGUAAAUCAGAAAGGCAAGAAGGUAAAAUUCAAAGGCAAGUAGAUUUGCAAGGAACUUAUAAUCUGUUUUUCAUAUCAAACAGACGAGAGUUAACAGCGGAGGAGAAGCAAAGAUCCUGUAAAUUGGCCAGGCAGUAUUCAUCAACAAAACCCUCUUUUAGCAUUAUUAUGAAGCCUUCUCACGUUUACAGGUCUUUUACAGUGAGUAUUCCCAAAAGAUGGGAAGCCAUGCACAUCCUUGAUGGUGUUAGAAUAGCUGAGCUGAGAGUCCCACCAGGUGAGAAGAGAUGGCUUGUAAGAAUUACAAGCUCCAAGUGGAGAACAGCAUUCACAAGAGGAUGGGUCAAGUUUGUCAAGGAUAACAACUUGGAAGAGCAUGAUGCUUGUGUUUUUGAGUUCAAUGAGGAAAGCAAAGCCAACAGGAAAAUCAUAUUCUUUAAUGUUAUCAUCUUUCGAGCUUUGGAUGAGAUAGUCACCUUGACACAGUUCUCACGGACUCAACCAAGCCCUUCCGGUUAUCGAGAAAUUACUGCCUAA